AUGUUUGGAGAACAUCAGAUCAGUCUGAGGAGCAGAAGUGAACAUGUGGCUGAAGGAACUGAAGAAGCAGGAAGAGAGACGCUCCUCAACAGGGUCUACACUGAGCUCUACAUCACAGAGGGACUGAGACCAGAGGGUCACACCCAACAUGAGGUGAUGCAGCUGGAGACCACCACCAAGACCAACCAGCUCCAUGACACUGCAAUCAAGAACCCAGACAUCUUCAAAGUCCUCCCUGACCAACACAGAUCCAUCAGAGUGGUUCUGACCAGCGGAGUUGCUGGAGCUGGAAAAAGCUUCUCAGUGCAGAAGUUCACUCUAGACUGGGCCGAGGGCUUGGAGAACCAAGACAUCAGUGCUGUGGUUCCUCUGUCCUUCAGGGAGAUGAACUUGAUCAGAGAUGAGCAGCACAGUCUUCUCUCUCUGAUCCAGCUGUUCCAUCCAACACUCCAGAAGAUCCCAGCAGAACAGCUGUCUGUCUGCAAACUUCUGUUCAUCUUUGAUGGUCUGGAUGAAAGCAGACUUUCUCUGGACUUCAACAACAGUCCGCUGGUGUCUGAUGUCACACACAAGUCCUCAGUCAACGUGCUGCUCACUAACCUCAUCCAGGGACGUCUGCUGCCCUCAGCUCUAGUCUGGAUCACUUCCAGACCUGCAGCAGCCAAUCAGAUCCCUCCUUCAUGUGUGGACAGACUGACAGAAGUCCGAGGCUUCAAUGAUGCUCAGAAGGAGGAGUACUUCAGGAGGAGGUUCCCAGAUGAAGAGCUGUCCAGCAGAAUCAUCUCCCACAUCAAGGGCUCCAUGUCCCUCUACAUCAUGUGUGAAGUUCCAGUCUUCUGCUGGAUCACUGCUGUGGUUCUGGAGAACCUGCUGACCACAGAGCAGAGAGGAGAGCUGCCCACCACCCUGACUGACAUGUACUCCCACUUCCUGAUGGUCCAGACAAAGAGGAAGAAGAACAAGUACCAGCAGGAACAUCAGACAAGUCCACAAGAGCUGACAGAGACUGACAGGGAAGUUCUUCUGAAGCUGGGGAGGCUGGCAUUUGAACAUCUGGAGAAAGGAAACAUCAUGUUCUACCAAGAAGACCUGCAGCAGUGUGGUUUGGAUGUCACAGAGGCCUCAGUGUACUCUGGAGUUUGUACUGAGAUCUUCAGAAGAGAGUGUGGGAUCUUCCAGAAACCGGUCUACAGCUUUGUUCAUCUGAGCGUUCAGGAGUUUCUGGCUGCAGUCUACAUGUUCCACUGUUACUCCAACCGGAAGGUAAAGGUCAUUGAGGACUUCCUGAAGAAUGACAUGGAGAACCCAUCCAUGGAAGUGUUUCUGAGUAGAGUCAUGGAGAAAUCCCUGCAGAGUCAAACUGGACACCUGGACCUGCUGGUUCGCUUCCUUCAUGGUCUCUCUGUGGAGUCCAACCAGAGACUCUUAGGAGGCCUGCUGGGUCAGACAGAGAAGAAUCCAGAAACCAUCCAGAGAGCCAUCAACAACCUGAAGGAGAUCAACAGUAAAGGAGUCUCUCCUGACAGAAGCAUCAACAUCUAUCACUGUCUGAUGGAGAUGAAGGACCUCUCAGUUCAUCAGGAGAUCCAAGAGUUCCUAAAGUCAGAGAACAAAUCAGAGAAGGAACUCUUAGAGAUCCACUGCUCAGCUCUGGCCUACACUCUGCUGAUGUCAGAGGAGGUUCUGGAGGAGCUUGACCUAAAGCAGUACAACACAUCAAAUGAGGGUAAACGGAGACUGAUCCCAGCUGUGAGGAACUGCAGAAAGUUCAGAAUUCCACGAUGUGGAAUCUCAGAGACUGAAUGUGAAAUUGUGGCCUCCUCUCUGAAGUCCAACCCAUCCCAUCUGACAGAACUGGACCUGUACAGAAACAGCCUGGAGGAUUCAUCCCUGGAGGUUCUGUGUUCUGGACUGGAGAGUCCAAGCUGCAGACUGCAGACUUUGAGGUCAGAACAUUGAAGCUGCUGGUUGGUU